CCGAGCGGCGGUACACGACGAGUACUGUUGUCAGAGUAUUCAGUAAUGCUUUGCAUGGCCAACCAGUCGCUAGUGGGCUCGUCAGUGAGAGUCGUGUCGUUCACUCGUAGUGAUCGUGUGGUGUUACUCGACGAGCCUAGACAAGCGGUAUUCUGAAACGUGAAUCACAAGCGCACGGCGACGAAUGUAUCCGCAAUCGUGAGAGUGCAUUUCGUGAGACUGUGAGAGAGAAAACGAACAGAGUGUAUUCACGGAGCGUACACCGACGGUGGAGCUUCGAUUUCACGUACUAUUUCUUCACUGAAAACAAAAAACCAUUGCGCUACACUGUGUAUGGUACACGAGCGAUCCAAGAUGCUGUCGUCAGUGCUAGCGAAAUAAUAAUGUGGUGCGACGUUAGUCAGAGUUGUGCAAUGAUGGGUCUGCAGGCCACGGCAGGAAAACGUAAACUGGAGGGAGGUGUGGGCUGCAUGGAGUUCGACAUGGAUAUGGGCGAGAGCCCAUCGAAGUUAGGCCGGGUGGAGGGUAGCUGGUGGGCGAUGGAGGAUAGUUACACGCCCCCGCUUAGUCAAACACCGGCUUCUUAUUACGAUAUGGAAGUGAGUUCGCCCUGCCUGCAGACAAAUCCUUGUCAGCCGACAUCGGCAAGUCAGCCGCAACAGCAACAACAUCAGGCGGCACAGCAACAGCAGCAACAACAGCCGCAGUCGUCGACGCCAACGUCAGCGCCACCGCCGUCUACGGUGGCGCACCUGCACCAUCAUCCGCAGCACUAUUAUCAUCAUCAGCGCGGACCUAGCAGCCCGGUCGGUAACAACGGUUACAGCCAACUGUCGAGGCCUCAGCCGCAGUGGGGCGCACCUCAUCAUUACGAGCCGCCGACGAUACGGCGAGAGGAAAAUGGAAAAAGUUAUUUGGAGCUUGGUUCUAGUUAUCGAGCGAACGAGAGGUGCUGCGAAGGUUCGAGGUCGAGCUGGUGUCGACGUGGUAGAGCGUGUUACAGACAAAGGCGGCUAGCCGUUUUAAAUAUUUCGAUGUGCAAGCUGGCGAGGUAUCGCCAAUUUCCGGAUCCGAGCCUUCAUCGAUCGGUUCUCAUCUGCAAUACACUGAGGCAUCUAGAACGCGAGAUGGAGAGGGACAGAAGUCCGCCGCCCAUGGAGCCGGUUAUACCGGCACCGAUUGCUCAACUUCAACCUCCUGAGCAGGGCAGGUUAACGCCGUUCCCGAUGCCACCAACGUCUUCGAACGAGACAGACGUCGAUUCCGGGAUCGGUGAUAGCGACGACAGCCGUUCCAUCAAUUGGGGCAGCGUGCUGUCUCUCUCGAGUCAAUCGCCGCUCGAUCCAUUGAACAACAACGAGUUACUGGAUGUCGAUAUCGGUCCAGACCUAGAUUUAGACUUCAUGCCUGGAUGGAAGCUGACACCCCUGUCCGCGGACGAUAUCCUCAGAAGUACGACGGCACAGGAACAGCAGCAUCAUCAGCAUCAACAGCAUCAUCAUCAUCAUCAACAGCAGCAGCAACAGCAGCAGCAACAGCAGCAGCAACAUCUGGCUCCACCUAGCGGCAGCUGUGCUAGUAGCAACGUUGGAAACGCCUGUGUCAGCGCUGGCAGUAGCAGUAGUACGCACGAAUCGUUGAUGUGCGUUGGAUCAUAGCCCCCGAUUUUGACAUCGAUGAGUCAUCUCAUCGAUUUUUACCCGCUGAUGCCGCAGAGUAAAUAAAAACAAAAAGAGAAAAAAAAAAAUACAAGCGCGGCAACAAACUCGCAAAGAACCACAAAUCGCAGAAACGAGGUACUCGCCCGCCUCUCCGAUAUGUGCGACGCCUGGUCGGCGAUUCUCCAGGAGGUCUUCUUUUUCUUAUUUAUUACCGUUCGUGUCAAUUACGCACCGAUCGAUUAUCUCGGUUACAUUCUACUUGUAGCAUACCGAUAACCAGCAUGGGUGGUCUACCGAUUGUAGGAAAGAGAGAAAGAGAGAGAGAGAGAUAGAGAUAAAUAAAGAGAGAAAAAGGGUACACGUCGCGUUACCCUGUGUUCGCAGGUGCAGCCGCCACGGAAUUCAUGGCCCAACGGGAGUGCUUCAAAUGCGAAGCAACCAGAGGUGAUUACAAUUUAUAAACCGACGAGUAAGCUUGAUCUCGCCUUGUUCCAAUUGUCUAUCGACUACGAUUCCACCUUUUAUACUUUAUCACGUUGCUUGGAAUGAUUUUCAUUUUAACACAUAAAUCGUUCGAAUUGAUCGAGACUGUUUUAUGAAACUGUUCGCUUCAAAAGUUUUAUACGUUACGCAUUCGGCCGUUUGAACGUGCGAAUUACAUUGGAAAAAUUCGAGUUCUCAUACGAUGGAACAACGCGAGGUCGGGUCCUCUCCUUCGGUCAUCAACAACCACCUCGAAACGAGCAUGGCUAUACUAUAUCGAAACGAUGUGUUUUUGCAGCUGCACCUGCGAAUUCAGCGGCGCAUAUCAGUUCCCGAGUCGCUCGAAAUGUCGUCACCGGCGGCACGUCGGACACGAAAGAGCGAGAAUAGCGUUAGAGAGUAAAACCGGAAAAAAGAAAGAAAGAAAGAAAGGGAAUAGUGAGAGAGCGAGAGAAAGCGAGUGAGAGAGCGACAGGGAGAGAAAAAAGAGAGGUAGAGAGAAAGAGUUGGAAAAGUAUCAGAGCUUUCGAUGUUGACGCCCACGGGCCGACGAUAGGACGAGUACGGAGGAUCGGUGGUAACCUUCUCUUCGGCUCCUUAAAACAACGACGAUAAAGCGGCACGAAACCCCGACAGAGACCUACGUAUGCACACAGAAUCUAAUUGUUAUCUAAUUGUUACAUUCGAUAGAAAAGUGUCCUUCUCUUCUUUCUACCGUAUUAAUAACUCUCGCUAUUUUUGUUUCUCUUGUUUUUGGUAACAUCGGCACAGCGCGUAUAUCGCUCGCCUAGCCGGCUGACGUUGACAACUCUUCGGCGACGUCCGGCGUCGUUCGCGACAGCCAAUCGAAACGGGGAGUGUCCAUCAUCAUCGAUCGAUGUUUUUCUCUUUGGAUUAGAAAGACUAUCCAGCCGACGAUUAAAUUAAUGUCAUACACUCUGACACACUAACGAUACACUUACACGCGUAAGACAUAACCGCCGUGGCCUAUAUCGUACACUGAUACACGUACACGCACCACAUGUACACGCCGUAUACGCUCAUAUACACGUACAUUGAUACUAUAUAUAUGUACAUCAGGAGAGAGAGAGAGAGAGAGAGAGAGAGAGAGAGAGUGAGCGAAAGAGAGCGAGCGAGAGAGAGAGAUACAGGUUCGUACACGGAAAAGUCGAUAUGGUGCUAGGACGAUCACACCCUGGUGCUUAAUUCUGUACACACAGAGACACGUGUGCGUAAGUUCGCACGGAUCGCCUGCAGUCUUCGUUAAGAAGUCUAGAUACGUCCUGACGUCGUGAACAGGACACACCGUGAUCCGACGUAUCUCCAUCAGGAUUCUUCGUGCAGAUUCUUCGAGUUAUAUGGCUUCUCUGUUCGGUCGCCUCGAAGGACGUGCGAGCACUGGAUGAAAAUACGUUGGAUGGAGACGCGUAACUGUGUUCUGGCGCACGAUGCUAACAAAUGUACCUGCAUUUUAGAGAUCGGGUUAAAUGUUCGGUCCCUUCGCGUCGUCGCGCGGAGGCCACUGCGCGCCACUGAUCUCUCGUUAAUAAUUAUGUACUAUAAUACUAUUGUAAAAUAGAAAGUGGCCGACGAGCAGCGAACGAAGGCGACCAAUGAUUCAUUUGGAACGGUGUGAAACGGUGGGAUUAUUAAGCGAGGAGAAGAAAAACGAAAGAAAAAGAGUAAAAUAAAGUAAAAUAAAACUCGACGACACGCACUUCGCGAAGAGGAACGGCGAUCCGAGCGCGAUCUCGUCCUCUACGUCCACUAACUGAAUCCAACAGAGCAGCUAUACUUAAAUCGAAGAUAAGCGUUGUGUAAAACAAAUCUAUGAACGAACGACAGAACGAAUAUAAGAAAAGGUAAUUUAUAAAUCGACUGAUCUACCUUGCGAGAUAGCGGACAAGGAAAGGAAGAAGACGGAAGAAGAAUCAAGUAACGAAGAAGUAAAGGAAGCUCUAGCCGGCAACGUUUCAUCACGGGAAUUCAUUCAUACUGUAAUUAAUCGAGCGUUAAGCCGACGAUGAUGUAUACACUUACACAGAUACGCGACACAUACCGUUACAGCAAACUCGUAUGUACACGCGCGACACUCUCGUACGACACAAAUGAACACGUUUCUACACGAGAUACGCUAGAUACUUGGAUGUGUGUAGCGAGGUACACGCUACGUGCUAAGUGUAAUAACGAUGAACACGAGCCAUCAACCCUCGGCAGUUUUCAGUUUUUCGUUCCUGUUCCGAUAAUCGUUCGCUUCUUUCGUUUUCCAUCGCCUCGCCUCUAUCCGUUUCGUUCAUUCGUUCCUCGCUUAUUUACCACGAAGAAAACAACGAGCAAUAUUGUUACUUCAACGGCGCGGAGACUCUACGAGAAGAACGUGUACGCGUGCAUCGAUCUCGAGCGGUUCGCGAGCUUCCUUCAAAACGGCCGAUGAGAACAUCGUUCUUCCUGAUCGUCGUACACGGCGGUGUUUGAUCAAACGUUUUGUACAUUUACAACUGUUUAUACUGUGAUCGCAUUGUAAAUAUUAUCGGAAAUACGAAUAUCGCCAGUAAUAGAUAACAAAAAGAGGAAAAAUUGUAUAUGAACGAAAGGAAAGUCGUUAGAACCAAAAAGUUGAAUAAAGACUGCGACGUUUAAUUUACGAUCACGAAAGAGCGACAGAAAGUAACAUUUUGCGAUCAAACGUCGGUCAGUAGAUAUAAAGAAGGAAGAAGAGAUGUGUUCUCAGGUGGCUCGUUGCGUCUCUUAGGGUUACGAAUCGCUCGAGUUCUACGACUCUGCGUAAGGUGUUAAAACGCGAGAAACACAUAUGUACACGAUACAUAGACACGUAGGCAUACACAAACAGAUGCACACACGGAUAAAGCGCGCGUUGCGCGAGAUUGCGCUCGAUGCGUAUGUGCGGCGGAGCGUUUUCAGGGAUAUGAUCGAUGUUGUUUUCUUGCAUGGUGUACCAAUCGGAACUGGCGCGAACGUACGUGCGACGUACGAGAUACAUCAACGUGUGCUACAUUGUUGAAAAUAUUCGUCCAUCGCGUUGAUGCAUCUUUCCAAAUACAAACGCGCCUUUCCGUGUUUUGCGAUCGCAAGCGCUACCUCAUCGGCUUGGUGUUCCGUGACGAGGAGGACGCCUUACAAUUUCACUUUCGAUACACGCUGUACUCGCCGAUAAAACAAAAUUCCAGCCAAUUUACCGGAUAGAUGUGUGAAAAACGGGCGUUGACUGACGUAUCGAAUUUCGUUAAUACGAGGAAGAAAACCGCGCACUGGUUACGCGUACGCGAACAAAAUACUCAUGCCUCUCGAUCGCAACAUUUUGUAUCCCGUUCGGUCGAGUUGAUCGUUUAACGGAAUGCCAAGCACCGCGUUACGCGACACUAGACUCGCUUCUCCAGAGUCAAAGAAGUAAAAGAGAAAAAAAAGAAAGAAAAAAAGGAACUCGGGAGGCGACAAAAUAAUUUCGUAUUUUUUACACGGAGACGUAGCAUCGCUGGUUCGAAAGCAACAUUAAGUUACACGCGAUUACACACACUCUAGUACAUGUACACACGUGACGAAGACCUCGGUACCGUAGGAGUGACCGCGAGUUCGGCGUUUGAGAACGGCGAGCGUGUUGAAGAGCGAAAGAGGACGAGAGUGUGUUUCUUUUCCUUUCCGUUUCUCUUCUCUCUCUUUUUUUCUUCUUUCUCUCUCUUUUUUUUUUUUUUUUUUUUUGUUUCAAGUCGUGGAUCACGUGACGCAGCUUAGGGAAAAGGAAAAGCUUGUGACCGUGCGAGAGAACGACGAUACGAGUUCUAAACACGCGUAUAUUUCGGCGAGUGCGCCGGCGUGCGUGUUAACGUUAAAACGUUUUAAAAAGAAAAACAAUAAAAAAAGAUGGAUGAUAUGAAACGGGUGUGCGACGAACACCUUCUUCCGAUGGAAGGUCGGAGGAAGGAAAAGAAAGGAGCAACCGAGCAGAAGACGUGGAAGAGAAAGAAGGUGGAAGAUGAAAAAUUGUACAUAGUAUAAAUAGUACACGCGCAGAAGUACGUUUAAGCGGAAAUAAAAGAUGAUAUAAUAGGUAUAAUGUGAAGAAAAAUAUACACAUAUAAGAUAUUAUUAUAUAUUAUAUAUAAAUAAGAAGUAUAUAUAUAAGAUUAUUAUGUAUAUUUACCGUGGUAAGUGAUAUACAAAAGCGGUGACGGGGACUCGCGCAAUCUCGUUGUCGUGUUCGGAUGAUGUUGCUGUGAUUCGCGGCUGGCCCACGCAACGAUUUCCUGUUCAAAUUCAUUUCUGCUCGUAAGACGGCAUAUCCCGUCGGACAUCUCGCGUUCUCUUUUUCUAACCACGUACACGCACACACACACACACAAACGCGCGCGCAGAAACACCACCGCUCCGUUCUUGUCAUCCGUACUUUCCCAUACGAUACAUGCUCUUCCAGAUUGUUUUCACGCGUGUACGCAUCCAAUGUAGAUAAUCGCGUUCGAUCGUCGUACGCGUGUCGUCGCGAAUUCUUUCUUCUCUCAUUGUCCGCCGAUCUUUCCCUUUCCAUUUCUCGUCACUCGCCGCGUUAAGAGUGAUCAGUCGCGCGUAACGUAUAUAACGACAGCUAGAUACGGACAAGAAUGCAGAGCAGCCGAUAGUCCCGGCAAUGCUGCGUUUCUUCGCUCCUUACGAGACGGAGAAGUCGCACCGUUCUCUGCGUCGAAUUUAUUUAUGUAUAACACGGUGGGUUGGUUGUGUAGAGCGUUUAGUAUCGGGCUUUCUGUGCGUCUGUUCGUUGUUAGCAUGAGAGGGAAAAGAAAAAAAAGAGAAAUACAUACGUUUUUGUUAUAUCACCGUCAUUAUUAUUAUUAUUAUUAUCAUUAUUAUUAUCAUUUAUUAUUAUUAUUAUUAUUAUUAUUAUUUUAAAUAUUAAUAAAUGUAAAUUUUAUAUUGUCCUACGAAGAGUUAAUGGAAUUGGGCUGUCGCGAGGAUGUACGAUUUAAGUUCCUAUUACCACGAUAUCUAACAGAGAAUUAAUUAGAAGAGCAAUCUACACGAUUCGAACGAACGAGUAAAAUGCAGUGCAGCGACAGCAGCGUUCUCGUGUGGGCCGCCUUGCGAACGCAACGUCCUCGAAUCCUCCUAUUUCUUUUCUUGUUUUUUUUUUUUUUUUUUUUUUUUGUUUAAUGUGCGAUUACUAUUAUUAUUAUUAUUAUUCUUAUUCUUAUUAUUCUUAUUAUCAUUAUUAUUAUUAUUAUUAUUACUGCUACUACUGCUACUACUACUACUAUUAUUAUUAUUAUUAUCAUUAGCGCUAGUACUAUUAAUAUUAUUGAUACUAUUAAUGAUCGAUCGUUUCUACCGAGCGCCUUAACCGAACGCGAAAAGAGAACGGUCCCUUCCCUUCUUUCGGACGAGAACGCGAACGAACGGGGCUGUACGACGCCGCGGCCAGCGUGUGAAAUGCAAAAAAAGAUAGUCGACGAAAAAAUGAAAAAAAAAGGAAAAAAGAAAAAAAGAGGGCGACAGAGGGGAAAGAAGCAGAAACGAGGACGGGUGACGGCAAGCCAGAGCUAGAUCGUAACGGAUCUCCGAGACUUUACGAGAGUCCCGCCGUGACCGCAAACCUAGGACACGAGGAAAGAACACACGACACUGUACAUUGUAAAUAGUAGCGCGGAGAAGACGGUUACAGAGAAAGACAGAGUUAAUUAAUUAAAAGAUAAAUGAAGGAUAAGAUGAGAUGAGAGAACGUGCGAGCGAACGUGAGAGAGAGAGAGAGAGAGAGAGAGA